AUGCCAAGACUCAACCGUAACCACUACGUCAACCUCAUCCAUAUCGCAGCUGGGAUAAUCAUCACCUGCCUCGUGGGCAUCACUGUCAUCCUCAUGUGUAUCGUCUUCACACCCCACUUACCCUCCUUCCAAGUAACGUCCCUCACCGUGUCCCCCGUGCCAAUAAGCACCACCGUCCAGCAAACGGUCACGUUUCACUUCCAGGGCAUUCUGCAAAACCCUAACGUAUUGCUUGCUGUAUGGUACAAGAGUCUGCACCUCGAGCUAUGGUUCAACAACUCUUCCAUCCUCUCCACCCCGCUCGAACCGCCACCGUUGUCGAAGGGAGUCAUGAUCAACAUACCGUUCCAAGCCAAGUUUGUGGUGCCCCGCAGCAAUUUCUCUGACGGCGUGCUUGAGGAAAUCGCGGCGCAACGGCGUGUUCACGAUUCGGUCAAUUUUAGAAUCACUUUGAUUGCUUGGAUCAAAUUCAAGUUUAGUGGCAUGAGCUUCAGGCCUCACCCUUUGUCCCUUAAUUGCUACCCUUUGCAGGUUUCGUUCACUCCGGACGACUACAUGAACAACAAAAACGACACUGGAAGGUUGGUCGCUCCUUCCCAGUGUAAUGCAGUUUGA